CGGCGCUCUUCUGCAUUUUAUUAACAUUCAUCGCAACGCCCUUUUUCUCUCGCGAACUCUCGUUGGGAUUUUAGGGUUCGCGAUCCAGACAAUUCGUUUCUGAUCAAGAUGGUUCUUCAAAACGAUAUCGAUUUGCUCAAUCCUCCGGCCGAACUUGAGAAGAGAAAGCACAAGCUCAAGCGUCUUGUACAGUCACCCAACUCAUUUUUCAUGGACGUGAAGUGCCAAGGUUGCUUUAACAUAACCACUGUAUUCAGUCAUUCACAAACAGUCGUGGUAUGUGGGAAUUGCCAGGCGGUUUUGUGCCAGCCAACUGGAGGGCGCGCUAAGCUUACUGAAGGGUGCUCAUUUAGAAGGAAGGGCGACUAAUUCCUCCGCCCAGAAUUGGCUUGUAGUAGGAACAGGAUGGGUGGGUUUGAAUUUUUGGAAUUGCAAUUGAGCAUAUUUUGUCUGUCUCGGUUUUACUACGUUUUGGUUGAUUAUUCAAUUUUGCUUGAGAAGAAGAGCAUUUUGGCACCGCUGUUGCAGUACGUUAAUUUUAAUGUUGUCAAUGAAAACUGAGUUUUGUUUGAAGUAAUUCACCUCAAGUGUCUGCGUGUAA